CUCUCUCACUCACCACCCCCCUACCCCCUCUCUCUCAGUGACCUUUCAAUUCGAUAGGACAGCUUUAAUGUCAGUGUGAUAUCAUAUUGCGAGCAUGCAAGCUUUAGCAUUUCAGCGGGUGAUCCUCUUCUCGUGCUAUGUUCUUCAUUGUGAGGGGCAUAGGCCGGUAAAACAUGGUAAUCACCAGUUUAAUCUCGAGCUUUGCUCUGUCUCUGCUGGCUUCUGAUCAGUUCAGUGGCUGUUGUUGCAUGUUCGAAGUCCAGAACUCUGUUCCAAAAAUAAGUCUGUGCCACCAUGCCGAAGGAAGAAAAACAAGAAGAGUCUUAUUUUUAGGGUCAUUAAUUUUGACCACGUGCCCUGAAGGUAAACUGGAUGGCCACUGCGCAAAAGCUCUCCAUCAGUAUGUCCUACGAAGCCAACACGCACUGGACGUUGACAGCGAUUGUUCUCUUUGGGUCCCUCUGUGGGAUUGUGUCAUUGUAUCCUCUCUCAAACAGGACUAAUGUAAUUUUAAUGGAAGAAACAUGGGAGAACCUUUUCUCCCGUUCCGUUUUAGGGAUCUCGGGGGAGAAAUCUGACCUGAACUGGGAGAGUGACUAUUUGCUUGGUAUCAAGAGAGUGCGGAGGCUGUACUGCAACGUGGGUAUCGGGUUUCACCUUCAGAUCCUCCCAGACGGCAGGAUAAACGGCGCACAUAAUGAAAACCAGUACAGUCUAAUAGAGAUCUCAGCUGUAGAGCGUGGAGUCGUUAGCUUGUUUGGGGUGAAAACUGAGCUGUUUGUCGCAAUGAAUAGCCGUGGGAGAUUGUACGGAACGAGAGUCUUCCAAGAUGAAUGCAAGUUCAAGGAGACCCUGCUUCCCAACAACUACAAUGCUUAUGAGUCUUCCAUACAUAGAGGAUGUUACAUUGCUCUAAGCAAAAAUGGGCGCAUGAAGAGAGGAUACAAGGCCUCUAUCGCCAUGACUGUUACACACUUCCUACCACGGCUAUGAGCUAAACUGACAAUGAACCACUAAUUUGCACAUUUGAGUUUGAGGAAAAUUGAAAAUCCACAGAACUUCAGAAGAAAGAGAUGACCUACUAUUCUGUUUACACACAAAGACAUACUUUGCUAAUUUCAUCAGCAGACAUUGUCAAAUAUUUAUGUACUUCAUUGUCUAUGCUAAGUGUAGUUUCUGUUAUAAUUCUGUAAGGGACUUCUUUUAUUCUUCUUUAAGAGGCUUGUUAUGGCCUAUGACUUAGGUGCUCCUCACAACAGGUGCAAAUUAUACAGGUGUCACUGGGUUAACUAAUAUCCUUGGCUUAUAUGUAUACAAUUUACAGUGUUUUAUUACCUCAGUGUGCAUGAUGGUUUCAGAGAGAAACAUGCUUGUUCACCACCAUUGUUCAGAUGACUAUGUUCAUAAUUGCCAUUCUCUUGUGAGUAAAACUGAAGAAAUUACUAAAGUGAUAUUCAUGCUGUGAAAGUAGGUGGUGCCUUAGCUUUGUGAUUGUGACCCCAUAACUUAUGCAACAGAUGUACUCAGUGGAAAAAAUGGAUUUCUGCAAGUCUGUUAACACUCCAGAAAAGUAUGUGUACUAGCCUAAUUACUAGAAGGCCAUGGGUAUCUUCUGGUUGUUUUCUUUCAUAAUCAGAUCAAUUAAGCUGUUGAGAUCCUAGAGCCCAGAACUGACAUAACAGUGGACUAUGAGUGGAUGCUUGUAAGUGGACAUUUUUCUUAUAAUGCUGCUGUAUCUGACCAGUUUAACUGCUGGACUGUGGGAAUGAACUCCCCUUAUACCUGAUACUUUUCAACUGAUAUUUGGCUGAAGGCGUACAGUCAUGAGUACCAUGAAUGUAGUACUUAAUUAGAAUAAGAUUAUUACUGAUAGCCUUUGUGUGAACUAAGGAUUUAUUUUAAUAAGACUUUAAUAUGACAAGAAGAAAUAGGUCUUUGCUGUAGACCUGUGGACUAAACAUGACUAACUGAAAUAUUUUGACUCAUAAGAUGGCAAAAAUGCUGAUCUUUAAUGGCUCUUUUGGUGUUAAUGGCCUUUAGUUUCCCUUUUCGUUGUAAAUAAGUUCUUGCUGUGUUUAGAGAAAGUCUUCCAACCACAAGAUACAUAAUACUAUCCCUCUGCCCAGAUGCCCUAUAUGAACCCAAAGUUCUAUCAAAGCAUUUGCAAAAUGUGCGGUAUAACACCACUCUGACUUUUAAAACGGAUCCUGGGGGCAUGGUGCAAUACUGCUGCAAUACUGGGGAGUUACAGGUGGCACAUAUUAAGAACCUUUUUUAUUAUUCUAUUUAACAGAUAAUGUAGUUAAUUUGCAGACCCAUUACUGAUUUAGCAUCAGAGGGAAGGCACUGUGUGUGCAUCUGUUAUUCCUUAAUUCAGGAGAUAUUGUCGUUGCAGUGGUGCUUGUUUACAGUUUCACAAAUUAAGAAAUGAGUUUGCACAUGAUUGCAUGCUGUUGAGAGCAUAAAUAGUUGUUUAUGGUUGAACCGUUAUGGAUACAAGUCUUGAACUCCUGAGACGGAGAAAAAGAGGGGUAGGGGGGAAGACUUAUAUACAGUACCUAAAUAGCACUUUUUCCACAAAUUUACCUCAUGACAGACAUUUGUUACAUAUUUUAUGAUUUUACUGAUGAUUUGGGACAUUGGUGCCAAGUAAUUUUAGGGUGAGCAUUUUUUUUUUUUGGAUAUAUAAUUUUAGGGUGAGCACUUGUUUUGGAACGAUAAAGAAAAAAGUAACUCACUGACUGUUCUGUCUUUUAACUGAUGCAGAAAGAUACUCAGUAGUCUUCAAAUAAAACCAUUCCCCUGGGGAUAAUUUGUAAUUAUUUGUUACUGGGAGCAAUGUUGAAUGCUUAGUGUAAAAACAGCUACAGAGAGUUAAUGACCAACCAGUCCCACUUGCAGUUUAAGACUGGUUGCAGUCAAGUUUCUGUAUUAAUUCUCAUGGACAUAAUUUUAACAUUAUUUAUUUUUAAUACUGUAUUCUUGCCAUUCAGAUAUACAGACAUAUGCUAAUUAUACAAACCUCCCAUCACAUAUUCUUCUCUCUUCUAUUCAGAAAUGUUGUGUGCCAUUGUUUUCAGUUUGUCUUGCAAUUUAAUCAGAAAUAAUUGAUGUAAGGAGAUAUUGUAUGUCCUGAAGUCUUGCUUGCACUUAGUCUCCUGGGAUGUUACUGGAUACGUUAGAACCUUAUUCCUGUGACAUUAAACCGGCUCACAAAGACACUUUUUGUAAGACUGUAAACACUGUAUCUGGCUAUAGCAUGAACUCUGCAGAAUAUUACACAAGGGUGACUCCUUGUAUGUCGCAUCCGGUCUUUGCUCCUACUCCUGUAAUUACAAUCCUAAACUGCUGAAAAGACUAAUGCACCCUUCAAUACCCCUCAUCUUCUUAGCAAAAACUACACCUUUUGCCUUAGUUCUGAUCUGCAAAAAUCAUGUGUUUUGUGUGUGUGUGUGUGUCGGGGGAGUAGAUAUGUU